AUGGCCGUGAUGGGCGACAUCGUUCAGGGCCGCCGCGGACCCCAGGCUGAGAUAUGCCUGACCGAUGUUUGUCUGUCUGUGUGCCGCCAGGUCUCCAAGGUCAAGGUCCAGGAGUGUCACCAGUACACCACGUGUUCAGAGUGUCUGGGGGCGCGAGACCCCUACUGCGGAUGGUGCUCGCUCGAGAAUAAAUGCAGCAUCCGCAGCGACUGCCAGGACGCGGCCAAGGACGUGCUCUACUGGAUCAACUACAAGUCGGACCGGUGUACGACCAUCGAGUCGGUGUCGCCACACCAGCUGCAGGCCACCACGGCCAGGACGCUGACGCUGACCAUCAACAACCUGCCGAACGUGCAGCAGUCGGGCGGCUUCCUCUGCGCCUUCACACUGAUGGGCAAGACGCUCAUCACCAACGCCACAAAGACGGGACCGGAUACAUUGAUGUGCACCACGCCGCGGACUGAUCUGCUGCUGCAGAUACCCUCCGGGCAGCACUACAUCCAGGCGAAGCUCAUUAACUUUCCCUUCCCUCUCGCCUACAGACUAAUCCAGGCGAAGCUGUCAGUCCGGAUUGGAUGA